AUGUGGAUCGGUGUGUUCCCGAGAGCUUCUUUUGAUCGCGUAACGCAAGGGUUACGCGACGAUCUCGAGCAUGAGCGGAAUAGGCGUCUCCAGAUGGUGGACACUGCCUCGAAGCAUCGAGCUGAGUUUGCCUUUGCUCAGCUUGAGAACGAGAGAUCUCUGACAUCUCUUCGUGACGAGCUAAGGGUAGCUCGUGGGAUUGUUGAUCGGUCUCGGGCUGAGAUAACUGCUCUUCAGACCCUUGUUGAUGCCCACCAUCGGGAGCACAAGGCUCUCUGCGAGAUGCUUGAGCGCAAGGGCGUUCUUCAUCGGAAGAAGCAGCGUACUGAUGGUACGGCUUAA